AUAUGUUAUGUUGGUAUAGUGUGAGAGGUUAUCAACGUCUUUGGUAGUCCGUGACAUAACCUGUUCCAAACACAAAUGUAGCAUGAAUAACCAAGAAUGAAUUGUGACAGUUUCAGUUAAAAUGUUGAUGUGUUUACGUUGAAUAUAUAGAAUACUCUGGAUUUUAUUUGUGACACAUAUUACUGCGUAAGGCAGUAGUUAGACCAAGAACAUGUGAAGUUCAAACAAGAAACUUGUUUUAACGCAAUUUAAGGAGCUUUAUAGGUUAAAGUUGAAAUUUGACAUCCAUUACAGUGUUACCAAUUGUAGAAUCAGCACCAGGAUUACAGAAAAUGUCGUCUCGAACUAUGUGCAUUACCCAGGAAGGUCCUGCAAAUGCGCUUGCACUUAAUAAAGAUUAUUCACAGGUUGUCAUUGCGGGGAGAAAUGUUUUCAAAGUAUUUUCUAUUGAAGAAGAUGAAUUUGUAGAGAACUGUAAUCUCAGAGUUGGAAAGAACCUUAAUCUUAAUUUUUCCUGUAAUGAUGUUGCUUGGAACACAAUUGAAGACCAUAUCUUAGCAACUGCUGCUACAAAUGGUGCUGUUGUUCUGUGGAACCUGAAUCGACUUUCACGAUCAAAACAGGAACAUGUAUUUAUGGACCAUAAACGAACUGUAAACAAAGUGAGUUUCCACACAUCUGAACCUACUUGGCUCAUUUCUGGCUCUCAGGAUGGGACCAUGAAAUGUUUUGAUCUUCGAACAAGAGAAGCCACUCGUACAUUUUACAGUAACACUGAAAGUGUCCGUGAUGUUCAGUUCAGUCCUCAUCUCCAUCACACCUUUGCUGCUGUUUCUGAAAAUGGAAAUGUUCAGCUUUGGGACCUGAGACGUCCUGAUCGUUGCUAUCAGCAGUUUACAGCUCAUAGUGGACCAAUAUUUGCCUGUGAUUGGCAUCCUGAAGUCACUUGGCUGGCCACUGCUAGUCGAGAUAAAACAAUUAAGGUGUGGGAUCUUGCAGGCAAGCCAUCACUUGAAUACACAAUACACACCAUUGCAUCUGUAGGACACAUUAAAUGGAGGCCUCAGCGGAAAUACCACAUUGCCAGCUGUGCCCUGGUGGUAGACUGUAGCAUCAAUGUUUGGGAUGUGAGACGGCCAUAUAUUCCCUUUGCUGCAUUUAAUGAACAUAAAGAUGUAGCUACAGGAGUUGCGUGGAGAGGUGACCCUCAUGUCUUCCUGUCAACAAGCAGGGACUGCACCUUGUACCAACAUGUGUUCCAAGAUGCAACACGCCCAGCCAGCAAAGCAAACCCUCAGGCAAUAUCUCUGAACAGCAAAGGAGAUGUGGCCUAUGCUUGUCAAGUAAACAUGAACCCAGUGCGAGGAUCAGCCAAGCUGUCUGGUAUCCUUCGAAAGGCUCCCCCUCAUAGUGAACAAUUCUGCCAGGUGAACAGUGUCAUGCACCGGUUCUUGAGUAAGAAUCCGCGGGAGAUGCGAUGUUUCCACGAAUGUGCCCGAAGGUACAUCCUGACUGGUCGGCCUCUCUCAGAUAUUUGUGAUCAUAAUGCUGCAGUAGCCAAGGAUCUUAACAGACAACAUGUGAGUCUGGUAUGGAGUGUUGUGAAGACGCUAUAUAGUAGCAAAGUGGGUGACUUUGGGCAACAAACUCCAUCUGGAAAUGUAUCAAGAGAGGAAACUGGUUUGGGUGUUCCGCAGACAACAUUAGGAACCAGCACAGGGGCAGAACCCAUCAGUACUGGUGUAGGUGGAGAUGGUGAUCAGCACUCAUUACUUGGUGGUGGUGGAGGAGAGACACCCGGGGGUGCAAUGAGUGCAGGGGAAGAUGAAACUGAAACAGAUGAAACUCCAGAACAACAUUUUAAUGGGAGGAUUGGUUUGGGAAAUCUGUCCAUCCCUCAGGGAGACUUUUUCUUUGGUGACGGAGAAAUGGAUCCAUUAAGCGUGGACUUUGACCGAAUGAAUAAUGGUAUGAUGGGAAUGAGCCUUAGCAAUGGAUUGCUUGGAGGAUCACACAUAUUGCUAGAUGCUCAGGUGCAGCAGGACUGGACGCUUCCAAGCGAAGCAUUUCCCUUGAGGCAUGAGAUUCAGGAUCGUUCACCACCACCAGAGCAGUUUCCAAAUCAUGGAUCACCAGAUCUAAAUGAUCAUGAUUCUCAGGCUGUAACUGUUGAAGACCAGCCAUCUUCCCUUCUGAAUGUAACAACUGUACCCCAAAUUGGACUAUGGGAUCCAAGCCAUAUCAUGGUGGAAAUGUUGAAACAUCAUGCAUCUCUCGGGGAUGUUCAGACUUCAGCAUCUGUUUUAUUAGCUCUUGGAGACCAGCGGCGAAGUCUCACUACGUUAGAUGAAGCAACUCAAGAACAGUGGCUGCUAGGAUACCUGGAUACCCUGACAAGGUAUCGACUUUGGGAUGUGGGUACACAGGUGAUUCAGCUUGCGUGGAUCCCAAGUGUGAUGCAGUUAAACCAGCAGUCCACAACAGUACACACAAGCUGUGGACAUUGUAGCAAACUCUUGCAGCGAACGGGAUGGCUCUGUGACCGCUGCCACAGUUCAGAAUGUGCAAUGUGCAGUGUAUGUCACCAAGUUGUGCGUGGCUUGUAUGCUUGGUGUCAGGGCUGCUCCCAUGGAGGACAUCUUGCCCACUUGCAGGAAUGGUGGCAAGUCAACAAGCAAUGCCCUACUGGCUGUGGACACAUAUGUGAAUAUAGCUAGCUGUGAUGCAGAUACCACUGUGAGUUUUCCAUCAUUAUGCAGAGGACAAACAUGAGGCAAGUUUAAUGAUGGAGGGAGACACAAAGCAUAGAUUGGUUUAACAAUGCAUAAUCACAUUGAGGUUAUAAGGAAACCUGGUAAAAUUAUAAAACUUGCCCCUCCCAAAAUAAUGUGCAGAAAUUAAAAAUCCUUAAAAUAAGAUAUAUCAAGAAAGAGGAAAAAGAUGUGCUAAAGUAAUAUGUGAUAUGUCAGGUAAGGUAUGUACAGUUUUAUCUGUCAUAUAAUGCUUAAAUGAUGGUGUUAGAAAUUGGCAGAAGAAUUAUCAGACUUUUAUGUAAAUGAUGAUCAUAUAUUGUAUCCUCGCAUUCCCUAAUGAUCAGAUGUUAGUUGCUUGUAUAGGAGAAAAUUUCCAGAAGCCUUUUAUUUAUUACACAAUGCACUUAAUACAGUGGAAACUUCCAGAUUUUAUUUUGAAAUUAUAUGUAUUCUUUCACAAAAAUGCCAUACUGGACAUUGUUUCAGAAUAAUAAUGUGGCACUUAAUCUCCUCUGAGCCAUAACUUGCAAGAACAUACUAAUACAGCUGAAAUAUGGAAAAUCUUAACUGUGAGAGUAUGUUAUUUGUGCUAAUUUUGUGGAAGUGCCACAGCAUAGAAGAAUAAAAAAUGUUGUUUAAUGUGAAGCUUUCACAGCAGCUGCUGUCAUUAAUAAAAUCUCGGGCCAUCAAUAAUGUUAGAUGAUUAAAACUUGCAGAUGUUUCAAGGACUAUCUCAGAGCUGCUCAUGAGUAUGAGUAUUCCUGAGGAUGAGGACAGAUGGUCCCUAAAACAUUAGCAAGUUUCAAUCAUCUGACCCGGCUGAUGGCUCAAUUAGAUUUUAUUGGUAAAAUGUUAACAAAUAUCAGACAUAACGGUCUUAAGAAGUCUGGAUUAUUUAUGUCAGAGGGUAGUUAUUUGUCUUCAGUAUGGUGAUGAUAUUCAGUACUCGGAACAUUAAACUUUUUGUGUACUGUAACUUGUGCAUUAAAUAAUAAACUACUGAGAAGCUA